CCCCAUACUUUUUUCCUAGGAAACAAAACACUGUGUUGACUUUUUUUUUAUUAAAUAAAACUUUGUAAACAGUCAAAGCUGUUCACUGAUUUUCCUCUGCAUUAAAUCGUACAGAGUAUUUUGUAUUAAAAAAAUAAUCGAUAAAACUUGUAACUAUGCAAUAAUUGAUCAAGUACAGACUAUACAAGAAAUCAAAUAUUCAAUGCAGUAAUUUUUUUUUUUGCUGCGACUCAAUAAUUUUUAUUGUGAUAAUACUAAUUUGUCGUGUGAUUUAAAAGUUAAAUUGGAUUUUGUUUUUUUUUUAAGAAGAAAAUAUGACCGACGAAAGCGAUUUUCCAUCACAAAUUGAUGAAAAUAGGAAUAAAAAUAGCAUUUACUGUCAAUAUUGUGAUUCUUUAAUGCUGAAACCGAAAACUGCAUCUUACAUGGAAGACGAGUUCAGUUUACCGCUGAUGCACCAGAAGAAAAAACCAACUCAAUCCCAACCGCAACCUCAGGAAAUGGAAACGGAAAAUUUGAAACACUUCUGGCGGGUCAAGGACAUGUUUACGUUUGAAAAUAUUGGAUUUUCGAAUGUAGUCGAAACGGCCAAGUAUUUGAUUUGUGCCGAUUGUGAGAUGGGUCCAGUCGGUUAUCAGUUGAUUGGGUCCAAAGAAUGUUUUGUUGCGUUGAAGCGAGUGAAACACGUUCAAAAUGGAUAAUACGGAUACGGAUAUGGAUACGCAUUUAUACAUGAACAUUGUAUGUGCAUAAUGAUGUGUUGACAUAAAGAAAAUGUAAUUUGUUGUGGGUGAAUGUAUUGUGUCGAAUGCAAAAAUAAUGCAAUACUUGAAACGCGUAAAAUGUAAAUGGAUGCUGCAAAAGAAUUGUCAGUUCAAACUUUUUAUUUUUUAAAAGGAAAUGAAUAUUUUAAAUUAAAUGAAGUUUAACGUGUAAA